AUGUACUCGUUAGCGUGCUUCAUCUACAAACUUCUAAAAUCAGGUGAACCAAAGUUCCUUAUAAAAUCUACAGAUAUUAGAAGAUCGGAAAGAAUUGCUGCUAAACAAAUUAAUGUGUCUUUUAAAAUGCCCAAUUUCUCAACUACUACUUUUGAACAUUCCUUCGUAGUUUCUGCGAUGCGAAUUUGGAGGGAAUUACCAUUUGAAGUCACAAAUUCACUUAGCUUAAAUUCUUUUAAAACUAGUACUUUUGAAUUCUUCAUGAAACGUGAACGAAAUAAUAAAUCUUAA